GUGAAACGAGAAUCAAUGUUAUCAGCGCCCUUCCCAAUGACGCAUUCACGGCAUUUCAUCAAAUACGACAACUGGGAAUGACAGGAGAGGGGUGGGUUUGGCUAACGUCAAGCAAAGUCACGGCUGCAUCUUUGAUCAAUGAACCGGCACUGCAACAGGCUUUGGAUGGAAUGGUUGGAUUAUCUGUAAAAUCUGGCAGUGGUUCAAAACACCUGGAACUUCUUGUCCAAUGGACCACCAAAGAAGAAGGAAAAUAUCCUGGAGCAAUUUGGUACAGUGAUGAACGAGAUAUGUCAUUGUUCUCUCCUCAAGUUUUCAAUGCCGUAUCUGCGUACUUUAGAGCUUUUGACAAACUGUCGAGGAAAGGAAUCAUUCAACCGGGCGAGAGCAACACAAGGCUCCGUGAUAUCGUUUAUGAUGAGUUAAAAAAUUUCAACGUUCCUACGUCGAAAAAUGGUUUUGAAAGUGCGACAGGUCUUCCUUCAUAUUUAGACAAAAAUCAAGAUGCUCCACCGUACUAUGACAUCAAAAAUUUUGUGAAUGUUUUUGAUCAUUACGAACAAUUUUUAGAACAAAAAUUGGCUACUGUUGGUUAUUGGGAACGUGCUAGAAUGUUGUCGCUUCAAGCCGGCAAGAUAAGAUGGCCUGGCGACACGAUGCAACCUCCAAGUGAUGAAGGAGAACCUGGCAAGAUCACGUUGAAAAUCGGUUUCAUCACACCAUUUUUCCCAGCAUUAAGUGGGCUGGCUGAUCUAGGAAAGCAAUACCUCGAGGGAUUUCAGACUGCAUUGGAAAUGUUCAAUAACGACGAUACCCUGGCUGUAGACUUCCUUGGCAUUGAAAAAGACUCCGGUAUCUCACCAUCACAAUCUUGUUAG